UAUAACCAGUUUCACAUUCUUGGCACUAACUGACGCGCUUCCUGGGAGAAAAGCUGGGACUCGUCGUCGCGGGCUUGCUUGAGUCGCGCUGGCAGACAUUACCUGCAAAUUCUUUCGUGGUGGAGCAUACUGAAAUUUAUUGCAUCGGUUCAUACAGCUUUACAGUUCAGAGUUAGCCACACUACAGCGGCACCCCAGCUCGUUGCUGGUCAACCAGGAUGUGUAGUCAUCAAAAACAUGCUAUGAAAAGUCGGUCAGCACUGCUGCUGCUUGGUCUGGGCCUCCUUGCUGGGCAUGCCUGUGCGCUCCGUUCGCUACAGCAAGUGUCAGAUGCGGCAGCGGCCCAGGCAUCACAGCCGCAGCCGCAACUGCUGAUGCCGGGCCUGCCAGUGCGGGAGAUUUGCACAAACACCUGCAGCAAGGCCAAGAACGGAGUGUGCGAGGAGGGCCGUGCGGGCAAGGUACACGUCAUCGCGCCGUACCUAAUGGCGUACUGUGACCUGGGGACGGACUGCGAUGACUGCGGGCCGUGGAAGACCACUGCCAGCAAGGUGCCGUGGGAGGACCCGGCCGUUGCGGGCCCAGUGCGCUUCCUCCAGAGCAAGGAUGUACAGAUCCGUGUUAAGGCCGCGGCAGUGCCCUCUGCCAUCAACUUCACGUUUGCCUACACGGACCCCAAGGCCGACUACGACGUCUCCUACCACAUGGACGUCUCCGGCGGCGUUGAGGCGGGCAUCACGGCGAUUUCCUACAAGAUCCUGAGCGGGCGCUGCAAGAAGGCGGACGGCAGCCCGGCGCUGUUUGUUGACGUGGGCGCUAACUUUGGCUGGUUUGCCAUCCUGGCGGCGCGCCUCGGAUGCAAGGUCAUCGCAUACGAGCCGGUCCCCAUGUUCCGCGCGUUCUUCGAGUACAGUGUCCACCUUAAUGACCUCACCUCGCUCAUUGACGUGCGCGCCGUCGUGGUGAGCCACGAGACGGGGAAGAGUAUGAAGAUGGUGGUGCCCGCUCGCGGCAUCUGGGGCACGGCUGGUAUUGACGGCCUCAACAUUGACCGCGCCAUUGCAAGCUCCAAGGACGAGAUCGAGGUGCCCUCGGUGCGCCUGGAGGAUGAGGUCAAGCAGGACGCACUGCUGCUAAAGAUCGAUGUGGAGGGCUGGGAGUGGGCGGUUGUGAAGGGUGCCGAGCAGCUGCUCAAGAAUUUUUACGUGGAGAACAUCGUCAUGGAGUACUCGCCGGGUGUUCCCGAGCGCCACUUCCGCUGGGACGACAUGGCCGCCACGCCCGCCAUGCUGGUGGACCUGAUCCAAAAGUACGGCUACCGCAUCGGCCACAUUGGCGAUGCCGGCAAGCACCACUCUGGCGGCUGGGACGCACCGUUGCCGGCCCUGCGCGAGGUGGCCUUGGACAACCUCAAGUAUGACGUCAACGACAUCAAGCUCUGGAGGGAGGGCAAGAUGGCCUGCCCCUCGCCGCUCGAGUUGACUAAGUACCCGAUGUGGGUGCUGUGCGGUGGUGUGCCGGAGGGCCUCAACCCGCGUAGCCUCAGAGCCGAGAUUGGCCACAACACCAACGUGUGGGCGGCCAAGGGCACCGCCCUGAGCGGUGGUGACCUGUUGAAGCUUGAGGGCCUGUCGGGCAUCCUAGACCCCAAGGACCCUGUCAACAAGUACUUCCAGACCAACAAGGACAACUUCGGUAUGGGCAGCCGGCCCUGCUACCACUUGGAUCCUGUUGUGCAGGUGAAGCAUCGUUGCAAGUGCAACAAGCAGGAGGCGUGUGGCGAGGAGGAGGCGGCGGUCAUUAAAGCGGCCGAGGAGGGCAAGAUCGCCAAUAAUUACGUGCUGCCCUGAACGGGGGUGGUCGUGAAGGAGUGCAAAGCGAACAAGGUUUUGCGCCACUAAGGACCAACCGACUCGUGCUACUUCUUAUGAAAUGGCGCGGUCGCUGAUAAGGGGGUUGGCGAGUGCUCCGGCUUGGGUGCUACAUUAGCCUGCAUGCGCCAAGAAGUGGCAAAGGUCAUGCAGCCGGCCGCCGUGCCGCUAGGUCCACGGCAUGAUACAAAGGGUUGUAGUCAUGGUGACGGUGGCAAGCUGUGGGUGACCGCACGGCCCUAGCCGUUAAAGAUCAGGUGCAAGGCUGGUGCUUGUCGUGGUGGCGGUAAUGGUGGCGAGCUGGCUUCAGAGUCACUAGUACAAGGUAGAUAGGAGGAUUCACGGCUUGUGUUAGACCACCCCCAUUCACCACGGGCUGCAAAUGCCAAGAAAUGUGGUUUCCCCUCGCAAGGCAAAAGCGGGGCCGCAAAUGACAAGAUAUAUGGUUCCCGCCACGUCUCUAGUCUGAGGCCGCACUCGUCUACCUCAUCUCCCGGACAAAGCCGGGGUCGGUUCGUACAGGCGCGGCCCGCCACGGCAUGGAUUCGCGAGGCCGCUUCUCGCUCUGGCUGAUUUCUCCCUGCCGCCUAUUUUUAUACAAUAGGGAAUUAGCACAGCGGGCUGCAAAUGAACGUCUGUGUACGUUUGAGAACGUUUGUGAACGUUUGUGUUUGAGGCCCGUUUGAGAAUGUGUGUGUGGGGGGGUGCCGGAGUGGUACGUGCAGAUGGAGACCCGAGGUGCUAUGCAGCGCCAAGUCCGGCGAUAGGUUUGGCCCGAUUACAUCAGACCCAAUAGCUUCGAUGCGGUCCCACCGUCUCAGAUACUAGAGAUCUACGCAUUUGGCCGGUUUGGGAACUUGGGAAAUGCCCGUGGAGGCUGGGCAAACCGGCAAACACUUGGGACUCCCCCCCCAGCAUGGGACCCCCCACCCGCGCACACAAUGCUAUGGCACACCUUUUUGCUGGACGUGAGAAUGUGGGAUGUGCCCAAAGUCGGCAGUCACAGUGUUGUCAUGAUGGCUGAUCAUACAGAGAGCAGGGCUCGAGGGAUCGGGCGUUGGAUAUUGGAGUGGGCAUGGCUGGGGAAAGGUCGGACAUGAACC